UUCGGCUGCCGACACGGUCCAAGAAAUGCCGCUUAGUUGUUACUAAGAUAAUAACCUCAACUUCCUUAGCAUCAUUCAACUCAUUAUUUAUAUUACACUCGCGUAAUACACACGUGAGUGAACAAUCAUUGUUAUGAGUGACGUCUUUGAUUAAUAAAAUAGGAACUGAUAUUGCGGCGUGUUUUUAUUGAUCGUGUUUAGUGCUCUAGUUACCGCAUUUAGUGGUGUAUUAACGGUAUUCAUAAUAUAAAUAAGGAAAACAAUAAAAAUGUCCGUAAGGCAAAGAAAGUUAAAAGAUGAUAACUCUUCAUCUCAUGUUAACAUAAGAAGUAGGACUAUAAAGCAACCGCGGAGGUUGAAGAAAGUAUUUAUUAUUCUCAUUGUCUUAGCACUAAUCGUCACAUAUUUCUUAGGGUUGUUUGCAGGCCAGUCGCAAUGGCUGGACGGUAUAGCGAAGAGCCUCGGGUACGAGAGCGUGUACCACUACGCAGUGAUCAUAGACGCCGGUUCGUCUGGGUCCAGAGUGCUCGCGUACAAAUUCAGGGUGCCUUUUACAGUAUUUAGCCAAGCCAAAUUGGACCUUGUGGAUGAAUACUUCGAGGAAUCUAAGCCAGGGUUGUCAUCGUUUGCAAAUGAUCCCGCUAAGGGCGCGGACACAAUAGUGCAGUUAAUAAAGAGGGCGGAGUUCCUCACGCCGCCCGAGAAGAGGAAAGACACUCCGAUCAUAGUGCGCGCCACCGCUGGCCUCCGUCUACUGCCCGCUGAGAAGGCACAACAGCUGAUCGAUGAAGUGCAGCUAGCUGUGUCCAAAUUGGGCUAUGAUGUGGGUCCCAACAGCGUCAAGAUCAUGGACGGCUCCGACGAGGGAAUAUUCAUCUGGUACACAAUCAACUUGUUGCACAAUCUGAUGGACGGCGAGACGAUGGCCGCGCUGGACCUCGGCGGGGGGUCGACGCAAAUCACGUUCGAGCUGAACGACAGAGACGCGAAGCUGUACCCUGCAGCCGACCAGUAUGUGGUGCCGGCUGGUAACAACAUCACCCUGUAUACGCACAGUUAUUUAGGUCUAGGUUUGAACGCCGCUCGCUACGGCGUGUUCCUGCAAGAGGCUGGCGGUAACGACACGCGCGAGUUCACGUCCGUGUGCGUUGAGCCGAUCAUACAGCGCGAGCCGUGGACGUACGCCAACAAGGAGUACUUCGUCAGCGGCGCGGCGCGUCGCAGCGGCAUGAAGCGCGCGGCGGCGCUGCAGCUGUGCCACGCCGCGGUGCGCCAGUACGUGCUCGGCGCCAUGGACUGGGAGCCGCAGCAGCCGCCGCGCGGGAACGUCGCCGCCAUGAGCUUCUUCUACGACAUCGCCGCUGACGCCGGCAUGAUCGACGUGAUGCAGGGCGGCACGGUGUCGGCGGGCGCGUACCGCGCGGCGGCGGCGCGCGCCUGCUCCGCCUCCAACGUGGAGCAGCCCUGGGCCUGCGCCGACCUCGUGUACGCCGUCACGCUGCUCAGCGACGGCUACAAGAUCCCCGACAACCAGCCCAUAUCCCUGUUUAAAAAAGUGAACGGGCAUGAAGUAUCGUGGGCGCUUGGGCUCGCGUACACAACAAUGAUGAACAAGAUGGCCGCCGCCGCUUAGCAAAACGCCAACCCUUUAUAACGAGCUUACACACGGUAAUAUGGAACGCAACACCUUAUUCCAGGUGCAGAUUACAGUCGAUUUCAAUACACGAUUUUAACCGCUACUUUUGGAUCUAUAGCACAAAUAGACCAAUCAAUAAAAUGAAUUUGAAAUGCUUACAGAUUUUGAUUGGUUUAUUGUUACUAUUAAGGCGUAAUAAACGGUUAGUAUAAUCCAUGUGAAUCAGCUGUAAGCGAAGAUUGACCGAAAGCGAGCAAGCAUGCGGUUCGGAUCGGCGAAACGUUCGCUUGGUAUGUACCCGGCAUAAUAUUACCAUAGUAACAUAAACCUUCCUUAACAUCACGGCUUUAAGGACUUGUAGCCAGAGCCGCACACAAGACAGUACAAGUGUUGCGUCCAUUUACUUGCAAAUUGUAACAACGCCAUGCUUACCGUAGCUCGUAUAAACAUAGAUCACUACGCCACUCGUAGUCCGUAUUACUAACACUUUAAGGACCCUUUUGAUUUGGGUUUCAGUUUAUUUGACAAAUGGAAUCGGUUUCUGUUUGGUUGUGAUGGUGAGUUUUUUUAUCCUGGCAGAGGAUACGCCUUGAUACGUUAUAGUCCAAAUAUACUGACGAUUAUAGGAUGUGUCUAUGGUCCGCAGAAUAGAGUAGUUUGUUGUGUUUGAUUUUGCAUGUAACAGCAAAAACUGUAGCGAAGAAAUCGUGUGAAAAUGAAAAUGGUAUAAGCUAUUGAAAAAUAAUCCAAUUGGAAAAAAUUCAAUUCUUCCAAUGGGCUAGAGUGGGUGUGCAUUGUAUUCUCGCUAUAUUUUUCUCAUUUUAGAAGCUAAGUUAUUUUGAGUGUUUUUUGAAAAUUCGUGCUCUUGAUUUUGAAAGACGUUAAUGUUAGAUAUUAAAAGAAACAACUACCCUAUUAUGCCAGCUUUGUAUACUUAAAAAUGUUUGCCAUUUAAUAUAACAACAAUAUUUCAAAAUUUAUUAUAUAAAUUUAUUACCAUCGAACCUAGGAAUAUUAAUUAAUAAAUCUCGAAUCCCUUUAUUGACUGCGAUAAUAGCCAAGUAUUUCAAUAGUUAUUUUCUUUGUUAAAAAAUAUGAAACUAGGGUAAACAAACCAAAUGUUGGCACUCUCAAAAAUAUGUUACAUUUCUAACUAUAAUUAGAUUACCAGUAUCAGAUUAUUUUUAAUAACAAUUUAAAACUAUAGAAAAGAAUAAUACAAGUUUAGUUCGGAUCCUUCAAAUCUUAUUAUUAUUAUAGUUUAAGGCUGGUUUUGUGCCAAUCUUGGUUAUUUUACCCUAAAUAGAAAACACGCAAAUCAUAAGGCUCAUCUAUCAACUACGUCUGCAUUAAUUGGAUUGUAAUUUCUUCUCACCCUAGUAAAGGCUAUAUUAUAGUACCGUUUCGUGCAUGUUUCAUAAGAAUUAUUAGUUGAUAAAGCGCUUUUUUGAGUUCCUUUCGUGUGUUUUUUAUAUCGACGUCCCAUGACGUCCUUAAUUGUCAUACGACGUACGAUGACAUCAAAAUGGAGACUAAAAAACCUUAUGUUUGUUUAAUUUAUAUUUUUUGUGAAUCAAUAGCAAAAAAUGUGUUUCAAAUGACUAUUUGUUUAAUUGUAUUAUUGUAACAAUUAUCAAUAUGAUUUUCCAUAAUUCCAAUAGUUUUAAAAUAGAUAUUCAUAAAUGUAAUAGUUGUGUAAUUAUAGGCUGUGACAAGUGAUUUUGUGGUACCGAGUAAGGCAGGGAUGGCGAACUUUUAAUGGUUAGCGUGCAUGGCCGCCAAUAUCACUUUUAGGGAGAAGCAUCUGCAUCUACACUAUAAGUACGUACUACAUAAUAUUACAUGAACAUUUUUUUUUUCAAAUAGAAAUCGCGCGGGUAUUUGCAUAUGACAAACCAUAAUAAAAUCUCUGUGGUCGAUAGUUACCAUCGUCAUUCAGUUAUUUUUAUGGUAAUUUGUUCCGGACAGGGGGGUGCACGGGCACCCUUUGCACCACCAUUACGGCACCCAUGUUGAGGUGCCAUUAUUUAUAACAAAAAAAUAUGGCCUGUAACAUGCAAUCCAAGACCGGUUUUAUUCAUCCAAGUGCCCCUUUUUGGCGACUUUUUUAUGACCCAACUAUGUUUUUGGCAUGUUCGCGUGCCAUUGGUUUGCCAUCCCUGCAGUAGAGUUUUCCUGAGUAUACAAUUGACUUGUGCUAUACCAUAUAAAGAAUACAAUUGACUUGUGCUAUACCACGUGAUUAUAAAAUUGACGGUUAAAACUUAUUUUGUGACGUUACUCAAUAGUGUUUGUCAUUAUUUACAGUAAAAAUGUGUAUUCUCAUUUUUUUUCGAUUCUAGAUGUGGUAGUAUAUGUGCAAUCAGAUACAGAGGAUUUUUCACAAGUAUUAUCAUAGUUUUAAUAUAGUUAAAUGUAGAAAGUACGUUUUCAUUACAUGAUUCCAUACUCUAUACUUCAGCAUUUUAAGUAAAUAGAACAUAUAGCCGCGGUUCAAAAUUAAAUUCCACAUGACUGUAUUGUAAAAUAUACUUUAGUAUAUAGAUAAUUGAGAAUAAUGUUGAGAUUUAUAAAUUAUUCGCAUGACUCGAUAUCAGCAACAAGAUUUUAUGGAAGAGAUAUCGUAUUUUACUGCUCACACGGGGUUUUGAGUAAGAAACACGAAUUCCACGCACAUUAAUGGCUAGAACGUAGAAUGUGGAAGCGCCUUAAUGUGUACAAGUCAGGAUAAAACAAAAAAAAAAACAUAUAUUUGGGUUUUAAAUUUUUAUUCUAUAUUGUAGUUUUUUUUUUCUGUAUAACUUGCUCGCUGUCAGUUUGGAGAGUUUUUAUUACUGCUUUAAAAAUAUUUGCAAGUGCAAUUAUGUAUAUUUAUAAAAAUAUUCAACGUGUAUAUUAUGCUGUAAAUUAUGUAUUAAAUCUCGUAUUACCGUACCAUAUAAUUUUUUAUAUUAUUUAUGAAAAUAUCCGUGGUCCAAAUAUAAUUCUAAAUAUUUUUGUUGCAGAUUUUUUAUGAAGGUUGUACACUUGUGAUAUUAUGUUCUAUUGAUUUUUAUAUCCUGUGGUUUUCGAGGUUUACGUUGGCCCUGAUCUGUGCAUCGUUUAUAGGAUCAGGCUUAUAAAAAUUAGAAUUGAAUUUAAAAUAUUUUUUUAGGCAACUAUCAUUAGAUUGUUGUAGGUUAGGUUUAAUAACUAAACGCACUUACCAUAAUAAUCGCGGUAACGACCUCUUAAUGUAAAAACCUCUUUACGCCCUGAGCACAGAUCCAGUUAUUUGCAAUAAGCGACUGUCGCUCGGUAAGUUCUACAUGUCCGCAUGCACUUUGUAUCUAUUCGACUCAUUGGGAAGCAUCGAGAACAUGUUUAAGGCUGGCGUCGAUUAGAGCAGAAUCGAAACCUGCCGAAUCGAAUCGCAUUUAUAUUGCAUGUGCGGUUAUUCGGAACAGCGUGCUGCAGUGCUGUCCUACAACCGUUUUCAAUACACAAUCUCAAUCUCUAUCUUCAAAUUGAUUCCGAGAAUGAACCAAUCAAAUUAAUUUAGUUGUAGGCAAGUCAAAAAAUGUUCUGAUUUGUGAAUUUUUGAUAGAACGAAUAGAACUAUUGGGAUCGUUUAUUGAAAAUGGCGGAUAAUGGACACAGUUUUAUAGUAAAUGAAUAGCGGGGGAUUGAUACAAUUCGACUCUGCAUGCGUAGUCGAUGUGAGAAAUGUAUAUCGGGGAAUUGAUACGAUUCGACUCUGCGAACGUAGUCGAUGUGAGAAAUGUAUGUCGGGCGAAUUGAUACGAUUCGACUAAAGCAUAGUUGAUGCUAGCCAUUAUAUACUUCUGUCAGGUCAGAUUAAAUUUGUAAAUCGAAUGACAAUCGCUGCCGCCACAUAUUUCAGCGCACUAUUGAUUUGUAAGAAGUUAUAGCAGACGCAAUAUUGGUGUUAUGUGUAAAAUUGUACAAAUUUAAUAAAUGUUGAAUCUUA